UUCAAUACAAAAUUCAAUUGAAAUGGAAUAGAAAUAACCCAAAAGGAACAGAAAAAAAUACCAAAGGGUGUGCCUGCCACGUCGGCGCUGGCAGACCCUUUGGUCCCGGUUGGCCCUCAUUUGUCCCGAUUCCCUGAUCCGGGACAAAAGAGGACCCUUUUGUCCCGCCUUAGCGGUCCCGGUUGGGAAACCGGGACAAAAGUCAUUUCCCAACCGGGACAAAAGGCCUGUUCUGUAGUAUUAGUGGUAGCUGUCGGGCAGACUUUUCCUCCAAAGGUUAGCAUCUUAAUAGUAACAUCCUUUUUACUGUGAAAUCUCUUGAAUGCCCGAAUUUCAUUUUCGUUUUUUUCUUUAUCUCCAUUCAGCUGUAUCUGAUCAUGGUAGCUGGUUGAGAAGUUGUAGAGCUGUGCUCUUUGACAAGUAAAGUGUUCGCCUGUGCGAAUCUGCCAGUCUAUACUUCUCUAUCUCCUUUAUCAAUAACCCUAAAAAAAGGAAAAGGCUCCAAAGCUAGUAGUCAAGUCCUAUAUAUGACGUGUCGUCAGGUGCACGGCCUCAUACAGGGGGCCGCCCGGCAAACGGGCGAACAAGUGCAACGCUGCCAUCCUCCCUUGUCACCGGAGGAAAAGACGAUCCAAGAAGAAAGAGACCACGGGAUGUGCAUCGACAACUUUCAGAUCGGCCCCGGCGAGCUUUUUUCUCGAUGUCUGCAUGCAGUUCAUGUGCCGUCUCGUCAGAAAGUGUUUAAAGGCGUCUUCCCAGGAUCGACCAUAUGACCGUGCAUGCCCUCCAGCUCGCAUAUACUCCCACCCAGCAAACACGCCACCGAUGAGAGCUGUUCAUCCAACGUUUGCCAAUCAAACCAAGGCUUAAAAGACACUAGCCAUGGGUGCAGAUCGAUCCAUGUUGCAACUUGCAAGCCGCCCACGAGGCACCAUCAUGAGAUCCUCUCGGCGACUAUUCUUUCGACACCGCAUGCCCCCUAAAACCUUGCGAGGAAAAACAAUAGUGGCUACAUUAUAUUGUUGUGCCAUUUCGAUCACCUACAGAAGAAGCGCUAAAAAAAGCUUAUUAGCCGAUCCAAACGAUUCGGCUUAUAACCGGAGCAACUCCAACAGCUUCUCUAAAAAUAAAGUUGCACAGCUAAUAAAAGCUUAGCUGAUCCAAACUGUCCGGCUUAUGAUUUAUGAAAAAUUAUAAACCUAUCUUUUACCGGCCACUGCAACUUAUAAAUUAUAAUAAGUUUGGAGAAUCCACGUAGGGCCUCACUAUACAAUACUGCUACCUCGGUGUGUCGCCUGCCUUUCCUCGCUUCCUCGUUCUGCCGACGACGACCGGGCGGCGGCGGAAAGAAGGGCUCGCCGCCUUGCGCGCGGUUGGUUCAGUAAUACGGUGCACCCACCACCGGCGGCUGCUCCGAUUCGCUCCGGGUCGGGCCAGGCGCGGACGUGGAGAGCAAUGGAGGGCACCGGGCCCGCGCCCGCGCUCCCUUGCUGUCACACCCUUUUUGGGCAAAAGAUCUCACCGGCUGGCGCGCCACUGGCCAGGGGGCACUAGUACUGGCUGGGCCUGCCGGAGUGGACGCUGGACACGAGUGGGUGGCCGGAACUGAUCCAAGCCACGCAUCCGCGUCGCAACUGGCAAGGAGUUUCCUAGUUUUUCUCCAUCGAGCUGAUGCUUCCCCCUGGCCCGUUGCCCACUUUUUUGUCUCCUCGCCAAACUGCGCCAAUUUUUUCUCGUCGCUGCAUCUUUCCCCUAUCACGACGAUGUUGCAACUCAGCGAACAUGUACGUAUUCUGAAACGGUAAAUCUCGAACAGCAUGGCACACGCUGCUCUCUAAUGACCAACAAAAACCGACACCAGAAAACCCACCAUCGUCACGCCUAAUUUAAGCGCCCAAAACGACAUUCACUCACUCAACUCAAACACCACCGGAUGGGAACGAACCAAUGGAUGAUCCAAAGCGAUCCAAAGGCGUGUGGAAUCGGGCCAGCGCAGCACGCGUGGAGACCGUGGAAAACGCGACCCGGGACGGUGGUGGCGCUGGGCGCUCCCGCUCUCUAGUGGCGCCACUGUGGCACCCGUGCAGUGCAGGGAUGGAGGCAGAACGCCGCGCUGGCAAUUGUACAGGCGACAGCUCUCUCCUGAGAACAACCAGAGGGAGACUUGCCCACAAAGCAGCAUCCAAGAGGAAACAAUUCGCAUGAAAUUGUGAAUACCACUUUUGUUGAUAUGAGCUGCUAUUUCCAAAAGAAUGCUAAAUAUUUGGUGCACAUUUGCGAGAAAUUGCAAGUUUUCAAGGCCAAUUCGACAGAAAUUCAUCCCCAGAUUCGCACCCGGGGGGAACAAAUUCAAACUGAUUUUUUAACAUCAAAAUCCGCACAAGACUUUCUUAGAAAACAAUCUGCACAAGACCACACGUACUAUACUACACCCAAGACGAGCUAGCUGCAAAUUAGAUGCCCAACCGAACCACAACCACAACCGGAUUCCUUAGCCUCUGAACUCUAAGGCCCUCCACAGCGUUGGUCCAGAGUGAUGCUUGAACAUGAAAGAGAAGAUAUAAGCAUCGCUGUCUACGCUGCAGCUAGUGAUGCCUGUGCCAAAAAUUCUAGCAGCGGUGCCUGUAGGUUCACCGAUGCUCCAUUGAUUAAACAAAGGGAAAAGUAAAUCUGUGUCCUUGAUUCCCUUUGCUGCACAGGUAAGGCAGUGAGCAGGUAGAUGAAAAGAAGCCAUACGCAGAUUCUUUUGUUCAGUUUGUGGGACCAUGAGCGAUGCCUUGAGUGGUGCUUGAACACUGCAACCUAAAAGCAGUUCUAGCUUCUCUAUGACGUGGCACCAGUGAAUAGUUUUGGGCAUCACUCACACUGUGGACGGCCUAAGACCUCACCUAAUGCGUCGAUCAUGACCCGUGCAGGUCAACAUCCGCAAGUCCAAAGCGAGCACAUAGAACCGUCUAAAGCGGGGUCGUCCAGCGAGGCCGCCCCAGUUCGGUUUCCGAGCUUUCCCAAAGCCUUUAGUACCCAACUAACAACGGGCUUUGAGGUUGUUCGGCUUGUCUUGUCUUGUCUCGGUUUAUUUCAACUUAUUUUCUUUCACAAAAUACUAUUCAUUCUAUCAACCCUAUACUAUUUAUGCGGUCAGCCGAACAGAUGUUUGCGUCUGUCUAUUCCGUCCUGCCGCCACCCACGGGCCACGGCCAAAAAAAAAAGGGGGAAAACAUGCCCGUACGCGUGGAAAUUAGUAGAAAACUUGGCCUUGCUACUUUUCUACUCGCGCCCAAGGGGCGAGAGGCCUCCUUCCGUGGACAACGCACAGGGAUAAUCCCCAUUUUCUAAGGGUAACUUGACCGACUCAUCAGUCACUUGGCUGCGCGCCCAAGCCGGUCCGGCGUCCAUAAAUCCCAGCACCCAGCCCAUUGUUCUUGUUCACCCCCUCCACCGUCGUCGUCCAGCACUGCCAACUAACCAGCCGCCUGAACCAGUCCUCUCCCUGCAUUUCGAGCGAGAGAAUUAUUCGAGGUCGGAGGGUAGAGAGGGUGAGGAGGAAGCACCGAGCACCGGGUGGGUCGGCGCGCGGCGGGCCAUGGCGACCUACGACAAGGCCAUCGAGUCGUACAAGAAGGCGGUGACCACGGCGGCGUCGCUGGCGGCGUCGGCGAUGCUGGUGCGCGGCGUGGUAAACGAGCUGGUGCCGUACGAGGUGCGGGACCUGCUCACCUCCGGGCUGGGCUACCUGCGGUCGCGCAUGUCGUCGCAGCACACGGUGGUGAUCGAGGAGACCGAGGGCUGGGCCGCCAACCAGCUCUACGACGCCGCGCGCGCCUACCUCGCCACGCGGAUCAACACCGACAUGCAGUGCCUCCGCGUCAGCCGCGUCGACGAGGGCAAGAGCCUCAUAUUCAGCAUGGAGGAGGGCGAGGAGAUGGCCGACAUCCACGACGGCGCCGAGUUCAGGUGGCGCCUCGUCUGCCGGGACAACCCGGGCGCCGGUGCCGGCAACGGCAACGGCGGCCGCGGCGGGAACGGCAGCUACCGCGUCGAGGUGCGCUCCUUCGAGAUGAGCUUCCACAAGAAGCACAAGGACAAGGCCAUCACCUCCUACCUCCCGCACAUCCUCGCCACGGCCAAGAAGAUCAAGGAGCAGGACAGGACGCUCAAGAUCUACAUGAACGAGGGCGAGUCCUGGUUCGCCAUCGACCUCCACCACCCAUCCACCUUCAGCACGCUCGCCAUGGACCACAAGAUGAAGCAGUCGGUCAUGGAUGACCUCGAUAGGUUUGUCAAGAGGAAGGAGUACUACAAGAGGAUUGGCAAGGCGUGGAAAAGGGGGUACCUCCUGUAUGGCCCGCCUGGGACGGGCAAGUCCAGCCUCAUUGCAGCCAUGGCCAACUACCUCAAGUUCGAUGUCUAUGAUCUCGAGCUGACUGAGGUGAACUGGAACUCAACACUUCGACGCCUGCUCAUUGGGAUGACCAACCGGUCAAUCCUUGUCAUCGAGGACAUUGACUGCUCUAUCAAUCUGCAACAGCGGGACGAAGGUCAGGACGGUACCAAAUCCAAUCCUUCAGAGGACAAGGUGACACUAUCUGGGCUCCUCAACUUCGUUGAUGGCCUCUGGUCAACAAGUGGGGAGGAGAGAAUCAUUAUCUUCACAACAAACUACAAGGAGCGACUUGAUCCAGCGCUUCUUCGCCCAGGCAGGAUGGACAUGCACAUCCACAUGGGGUACUGCUGCCCCGAGUCAUUCAGAAUCCUGGCCUCCAACUACCACUCCAUCAGUGACCACGACACGUACCCUGAGAUACAAGAGUUGAUCAAGGAGGUAAUGGUGACUCCAGCAGAGGUUGCAGAAGUGCUUAUGAGGAAUGACAACACUGACAUUGCACUCGAGGGCCUUAUCCAGUUCCUCAAGGGAAAGAAGAGUGAUGCCAAGGAUAGCAAAGGUGAGAAUGUAGACCAUGUGGCCAAAGAGGAUGCGAAAGAGAUGAUGACUAAAUAAGACAUCUCAGGCGAUCAAAAGCUGAACGAUGCAGGCAAAGAAUGAUGCCCAAGUAGUGUGCAUAUUAUAUGUUAGUACUUAGUACUGGAAAAAUCAGCCAAAAAUGUAUUGUUUUGGUAUUAAUAAGAGAUCAUUUUUGGAACUAGAGAACUCUGGUAUUAUGGUACUUUAUUUUCCUCUUUAAAUCAGAUACCACAUUGUAAAGUA